AUGCGGAGCUCCUCGGUCGUAUCUCCAGCUCUGCUGGUCGCCGCCACGGCGCUGAUUCCCUUCGCCAACGGCGCCGAGCCAUGUGCCCAAGUCAGCGCUGCUUGGGCGGCCCAGCAUGAGUCUGAUCCGACUGUUACCCCGUUGGUACCGGCCAAAUUGGCGCAUGCCUGUCUCAACUCGGUCCCUAUUGACAAGGACGCAGCCAUCGCGCUUAUUGACUCUCUGGUGCCAUACAUGGAGUGGCAGACUGAUCCCACAUACAAGGCGGACCCUCCCGCGGGGUACGACUUUCCAGGAUACGACAUGUUUGCCGCCCUCUCCAAGAUCAGGGAGAACGUUCAGAACCAUGUCUACCCCGGCGAAUACGCCUUCCAGUCUGCCCUCUACGAGGAGGUCUUUGCUCCCGGACACGACGGCCAUUUUGUCUACUACCCCGACCUGCUCACGGCCGUCUUUGAAUGGACUCGUGAGCGGGCUCUGGUGUCUAUCAGCGAAGACGGCUCGUCUUUGCCGGUGAUCAAGAUCUACGAGGAAGUAAUCUCGACACCUGAGACUGCAUCCGUGGUCACACUCAUCAAUGGUGUCGAUGCCUCCAAGUACUUGGCCGACACCGUCAACAAGGCCAGUUGGAACCGCGACGCCAACUCUGCCUACAACUCCAUGUUCUUCGAGAUGUCUAGCCCGGCUACUGGGGCUGGCAAUGGCUACUUCAGCUCCGACGGUCGUAUCCGCUUCAUCUACCAGGGAGCCAAUACGACCAUCACCUUUGCCAACGGCACCGAGGCCACCUUCGAGAACCAUGCGAGGGUCAACCGCGAUCUCACGGGCGUCGUCGACGGCCCGUCCUUCUAUGCCAAGUUCUGCAAUCCUGCGAGCCCCGCGUCCAAUACGGCGCCUGGCGCCACCCCCACCAAUACCACAUCCGUCCUGCCCGGUUACCCCAGCAGCAUCGCCUCGACCAGCGAUGGCAUCGUCUCGGGAUACUUCCUUGAGGGCGAAGGCUUCGAGGACGUCGCCGUCAUCGUUCUCACAGCCUUCGAGAGCAAUAGCACUGUCGAGUUCCAAAAGGUCACCGAGCAGGUCAUUGCAUCCUCCCUCGCGGCCGGCAAGACCAAACUCGUUAUCGACUUCCAGCAGAACGGCGGCGGCUACGUCCUUCACGGCUACGACUUCUUCCGCACGCUGUUCCCCCACACGGUCCAGGACGGGAACUCCCGCUGGAAGGAGAACGACGCCUCCCUCGCCGCUGCCGAGAUCAUCUCCGACGUCGUCGCCGACGUCAACACCCUCACCAACCCCGACCCCGAGCUGAUCAGCUUCGCCGAGAUCUGGUUCAACUGGCGCUACGACUACAACCUCACGAACCAGCCCUUCACCUCGUAUGAGGACAAGUUCGCGCCGCAGGUUUUCAAGGACACCAACUAUACCGAGCUGAUGCGCUGGAACCUCAACGACCCCCUCACGACAACGAACAGCACCUUUGGCAUGGGAAUUGGGAUGCACGGCUACGGUAACCUCGUUGGCCUCCCCCAGCCGUUCCUGCCCGAGAACAUCGUCAUUCUGUACGACGGCGUCUGCGCCUCGACCUGCACCAUCGCCUCGGAAUUCCUCCGCCACCAGGGCGGCGUCAAGUCCAUCGCCUUUGGCGGACUCCCUGUCGAGGGCCCCAUCGAGGCUAUCGGCGGCGUCAAGGGCUCCGAGGUCCUGGACUGGAGCGACAUCUACGCCUACACCAGCUCCCUCCUCCCGUACGCGUCGACGGACGAGCAAAAGGCCGCCUUUGACCGCUACAUCGACCUGCCCCUGAACCGCAGCAUCACCGCCGCUGUCAACGUCCGCGACCAGAUCCUCCGGGACAACAUCGCCGAUGGCAUCCCCGCUCAGUACGUCCGCGAGGAGGCCGACUGCCGCCUCUACUGGACGCUUCCGAUGAUCAGCGAUGUCACCGCCGUCUGGAAGGCGGCCGCCAACGCAGCCUUCAACGGCGGUAAGUGCGCGAGCGGAGGCAUCGAAAAGAGAGACGUGUCGGAGAAGGCCGAGAAGUUGCGCAAGGACUACCUGAAGACCUAUCGACUCCAGCAGCGUUUCGAGCCCGUCCCUCGUGACACGCCAGCCACGGAGAACCGCUUCUGGAGGAGCAAGCAUGUGUUGAAAGCAAUCAAGUAG